GCCUGAUAUAAGAAAUAUUUACCGGUUACGAAGCACACAGUACACAUUCGAAUUUCGAAGAAAAUGCCUGUACACAAUUGGUUGCAUUAUAGCAAUGGCGCUUUGCCAGAAGAUGCAGUCGUUGCUGGACAUGAUUCCGAUGGCGGCACCAUAUUUGUAGGCCGUGCCUGGUACAACAACGACUUGCUGCCAGCUAAAAUCAUCCCCAACAAGGGCAAGGCAUACGUGGCCUAUGGCGAACAGGAGAUAGAACUGGAGAACUACGAAGUUCUGAGUGGUCAAAACUUCAUGUGGUUGCCUGGCGAAAAUGGCGAAGUGCCACCAAGUGCCGUUCCAGUAGGUCACACUGUGGAUGGCGAGACGCUAUAUGCCGGACGCGGGUAUCAUGCCGGCAGUCUGACCAUGGGCAAAGUACAUCCCUCCCACAAUUGCCUCUACAUACCCUUCGGCUCGGAGGAGGUCAAGAUCUUUUCGUACGAGGUUCUGUCGUGCCUUCUGCGAUAGGCUUUUAAUAAAACAUGUUCAUGCAUACAAUAAUCUUCUACAAUAAGCUUAACGUUUUAUAUAAACUUAUCAACAGCCG